GCAGACAUCCACCACCUCCAACAUGAUCGUCCGUUUUGUCUGUGCUAGUGUUCCCCCUACCCGGCAUUUCGUCAUUGCGGUUUCUUGCUGUCGUUCCUGAGAAUGUGGAGACGCGGAGGAUGCGCGACGGCGAUCGUGCAUCCAUCAAUCCCGCUUCGAGGCUGCCUGUACAUCACUUUGUCUCCUUCACUUCGAUUGAUAUAUAAUAAGUCUUUUCCACUUCUUCUUGUCAACGUGCAACAGUUACCUUUUUGAAAAGAAACAUGCCUUCAUUCUACCAAACAACGGCCAUCCUCAGCCUACUGUCCACCCUCCUCCCAUCCCCAAUCGCAGCAGCACCAACACCUGCUCCUCUCACGAACUUCCUCCUAAUAACAACCACCUCCCCCAACCCCUGCACAAACACCUCCGCCCUCCCCAACGUCUCCGCAACCUCCCUCUUCGACCCCCUCGACCAAACCCCCUUCCUCCUCCGCCUUAUAGGACCGGGCUACGACUCACUCCCCCGCUUCAACCUCAGCAGCAGCAACGCAAAUGCCUCACUCACCACCCUCACCGAAGGCCCCGAAGGGUUCGGGGAGUAUGUGUACACUUCCAUCCCGCCGACGCAGGGAGCGGAGUUGACGUUUUUGCCGCCCGGGGCGGGGAAGGCGGUGGGGGGUAAUGGGACGUUGGGGCUGAGGGGUGGGUUUUUGCUUACUGUUGAUGGGGUUGCGGAGGGGUGGGCGGUAUGUGCGGGGCCGGAGGGGGAGCAGGUCAUUGCGUGGAAGAAUUCGACGACGGGGUGCGUUGAUACGUAUAUCCAGGCGGUUGCGAAGGCGCCGUACUGAGGGGAGGGACCGAAUUCCGUGCACUCUGGAAGUGGUGGGAGCCGGAUACGCUGAUCGGUUCAGUGUUCGGGUCAAUAGCCAGCGCCCGGGAUCGCCUUGUUUCUCGGUACAGAGGAAUCACGAUCCGCAAAGG